AUGUCAAGAAUUUUAACAUCAGAAGAAUCAUUUGUUGUAGAUAAAUUUUCUUCAGUAAAAAUAAAAAAUGUUGAGGAUGUUAAACAAGUAAAUUUAGUAACAAAAAAGAAUAAAUUUUUUGUCGAAUCUCCUGUAGUGUAUGAAAUUGAAAAUACAGAUUCAUUUUUAAUUUUGGGAGAGCCUAAGCAGGUCAUUGAUAUCAACUACCUAAAAAGGUUGUACGUUGAACAGCUUAAAAGUAGUAAAAAAUAA